GUAGUAAAGUCUCGCGCCUCCAAACAGCAGAAAAUUGCAGAGUUUAGGGUUCUAAGUUGCCUGUUAACCUUAAAUGGCGUACAGGCGAACCCUCUCAGAAAGAGCAGGGCUUUUUUACAGGCAGCGUUUCAGCCCUUCUUUUUCAUAUAUUAAUCGUGACGAUGACCGAAAACACCAGUGCUACCAUAACGAUCGGUCUUUCCAUAGUUUUCUUCAGCAAAAUCAACCCUCUUUGACCAAUUUAAAUAAUUCUCUUGGGGUUGGUUCUCUGUACCAAGCUAAAUUAUGUUCUCAGCUCUUUGCUCCAUCCAUGGCCGCAUCCAUGGGGUUUGGAAGACACAUGUCAACUGCAAUUGGGGAAGAGACGAAUAAGAUUGAGUACAUGACUGAUAUGGCUGAAGUUCUAGUGGACAAGACAACUGAUGCUGUUGCUGCUGUUUCUGCAGCGACUCCAAUAGCAAAUGAAGUAGCCAUUGCAGCAGCUGAUUCUGCCCUUCCUGUGGCAGCUUUGCAGCACCUGAUUGAUGCUGUUCAUACUUAUACUGGAUUAAAUUGGUGGGCCUCUAUAGCUUUAACAACUUUUCUGAUUCGUGGAGCAACAAUUCCAUUGCUGAUAAACCAGCUUAAAUCCACUACACAGCUGAGUCUUUUACGGCCAAAGUUGGAGGAAAUCAAACAAGAAGUGUCAGCCAGGGGCAUGGAUCCUCAAGCUGUUUCUGAAGGGCAACAACGUAUGCAGGCCUUAUUCAAGGAAUAUGGAGUAACUCCAUUCACCCCACUGAAGGGCAUGCUCUUCCAGGGUCCAGUUUUUAUCAGUUUCUUCUUCGCUAUAACAAACAUGGUAGAAAAGGUUCCCUCACUCAAAACUGGAGGACUAUCUUGGUUCACUGAUUUAACUACUCCAGAUAGCAUGUACAUACUUCCUUGUUGCGCAGCAUUGACAUUUUGGAUAACCGUGGAGUGCAAUAUGCAAGAUGGCAUGGAAGGUAAUCCUGCUGUUAAAACAAUAAAAAAUGUGUCGAGGGGUUUUGCUGCCCUUACAGUUCCUUUCACAAUGAGUUUUCCUAAGGCUAUAUUUUUCUAUUGGGUGACAUCCAAUAUCUUCUCGCUCUUAUAUGGAUUGGUACUUAAAGCCCCUGGGGUGAAAAAGAUGUUGGGUAUUCCCGUAAUUACUAUAGCACCCUCAACAGUAGUUGAUGCAAAACCACCUCUCCCGUUUUUUGAGGCGCUGAAAAAGUACGCCGCUGCACAGAAGUACGCGGCUGAAAAGAAAAAGCAAGAAGGAGGAGGGCUUAUGGAAUCGACUUCCACUGAUGAAAGUAAACCUGUUGAUCGGAGGAUACCACCUUCAGCCAUUCUUAGUCAAAGGAUUAGAAGCCUAGAAAAGCAAGUAAAAGCGAGAAAGAAGACAGCCAAGAAGUAGUAGUAGUAUUAGUACAAGUGAGGAUGAACACAAAUAGAGAAAGAAUAAUGGCUCAGUCAUUGUUGUAUCAAUGAGACAAGGAACGAUCUACGGGGUGAUAAUUUUGUUCAUUUAUUUAUCUUGCAUUAUAUCAUAUAACCAUUUAGCUUAUUAGCCUAUUCAAUAUUUAUCGGCGCCUUCGACACAGAAUUUGUGUCACUUAUUUUUUUGUGACGAUUUAUUUAUGCCUGUUUUUGGUGUUUAGAGUUUUUAUUGUAAUUUAGUUUGAUGUGGGAUUUUUUUUUCUUUGAAAUAAUAAAUACAGU